UUUUCUUCAAACGACCACCGCUUUGUCUGUCAACAUGAAGUGUUUGAAAGUGGAAGACUACAUCAAGAGGACGGCAUCUGUGAAGGAGACGCGGCUUUUAUAUGAAGAGUUAGAGAUUUCUGUGAAGAACCAACCUGGGCUUCAGGGUCGCACGCUGUGUGACAGAGUCAUCAGAGCCUGUAACCAUCACCUCGGAGAAGGAUCCCCAGACUUUGACCACAUUAAUCAGUUGGUAAAGCUGGUUGAACUUUCCCUACAGGGCUACGAUGUUUCUGCAGCACUUGUUACCCAGAGCAGUCCGCUGUACAUGGAAAAGAUCAUUUUCCAUAUUGUCAAGAAGCUAAGCUCCCUGGAAGUUCCCAUGCUUUGCAGCCAUGUAGCUGGGUUGCUCUACAGCAGACUUGCCAGAGCGCAACAGGGUGAAGAAGACUACUGUGUCCUUGUGAGGAACUGCUUCUCUGUUCUCUGGAAUGGACUAUCUGCUGCUAAAGACAGAAAAAUCCUCAAUCCACGGGACAAACUCCGUUGCCAGAUGCAAGCUUUAAGCUUCCUCCUGUUGUUGGAUACAGAAACUGCAAUUCCUACUUCCUCUAAAGCGCCCAUGUACACAGAAGAUGCCAUUACUGCAUUUGAGAGUAGCUGUGGAACAAUGACAAAGGAGGAUGCCUCCUUUCUUAUCCAGGAAAUACACACACUUUUUAACAGAUGCUGGACUGAGGAAGACAGGUCCAAGCGGUGUGUCGAGACAUCAAGUUUUUAUUCACUUUCUGAAAUGGCGCUGAUGAUAGUGAAGGUCCUUUGUAAGGCCAGCCACUACAGUCUGGCCUCCACAUUCCUGGAUAAAAUUGAGAGCAAGGUCCCUGACCAUGUUAACUGUCAGUGUACAGCACUGGUGCUCGGCAAGUGGGGAAUAAAAAUUCAUUCAACAAUAAAGGCUGGUGAAGAGAGUGGCGAGGCUUUUACAGAGUGUGCCAGGGCCUUGAGGUGUCUCUCAGCCGACCUGGGUGACAGAGAAGCUCAUGCUGUUCUGGAGGGGUGCAGCCUAGUGGUAUGGGCAGUCGAAAGUGGGCACAACAAAGGAUUUAGUGGAGCAGUGCUUCUGGCGCUGUUUUCUUUCCUUGAGGAGCACCAAGAGCUGAUAUUGAACGUACUGAAAAAGAAAUCAACACAACAGGCUGAGGGCAGCAGACUGCAGCAGGCCCUUUGCUUUAGUAUUUACCAGGGCUUUGCAUUUGCUUAUGAGAGCAUGCUUGCAUCACAGCUGGAGGACAGUGACACACUGGACAGAGUGCUGCUCUACUGCAAAGCUACAGCUGGACUGAUGAUGACAGAACUACGCAAGUUGUCUAAUGAAAGCUUUGUUGUCAAAGCAGUGAUUGCUGUGAGCAACUUGGCCUGUGGCUUAUACAACCGUCGUCUCUAUGACCAGGCCUUCACACUUGUUGAGACCCUUUGUAGAGAUAUUAGCAAGAAUUGCCCCGUCUCACUCUCUGUUGACAGGUUGAACCGACUCUUUAUGCUGGCUGUGCAAACGUCACGGCGAGCUGGACAUUUUGAGCGAGCUUUGGACUGGGUGAUACUGUGGCUGAAGGCUCUGGGGGACAAGAUCUCGACUCACAUGGCUGAACCUGUCUCUCUGUGGGUGAAAACAAAGACUGAUGCAGCACGUAACUCCGAGGAGGACAUAAGACUCAGGACGUUACGUGAUGGUUUCGGUCCUGACGUCCCUGAUGAGCAAGUAAUGCUUUGCCUUUUGGAAGAAGAGUUGCGUGCCUAUAAGGAGGUAGCUGCAGACAUGGCCCAGGAACGUUAUAACACUCUCUGUGAUCUGCUGGACAUCUGCCAUGAGGAGAGUUCCCACACCCAUCUACGUGCCAUCUACCUCUGUGAAAUGGCCCAAGUUGUGUGCUUCCAGGAUUUUAGUGAACAGACUGACUGCACAGCAGUUGAUUUUACCCAUGAAGCUUUACGGCUUCUUGAAGAAGAAGCAGAGACUGCAGAGAAGGCUGACAAACUGAAAGAUGACAAAGCUCAUGCAUUACUUUGGCUUUAUAUCUGCACUCUGGAGAAGAAUCUUCAGGAGGCUAUUGAGAAUGACAAAAAACGGAGAGAGCUACGAGAGCAAACACCGUGUGUGGCCAAUCCCAUAGGAAACAAUGAUUUUGAUUAUGAGGACAAGCAGAAGACACAGGACAGUAUUCAGGUCUAUGAGGGCCUGCAUUUCAACCUGGCUGCAGAAAACAAGUUGUGUCAGCCUUUGGAGAGAGCUCUGGAUGGAUGGUCAGCUCUUUUUCAAAGUCAAGCCCUGCCUUCUGUCAGGAACCCCAGACAGACCUGCAGCUCAGUUGCUUUGACUGCAGCUCUCUUCAGGCUCAUGGGGAAGCCCCUGAAGGCUUUGGAAGCUUACCAACUUGUGAUUGGACUUUCACGUGAACUUGGUGAAGCUCAGGGUUGUGCCAGCGCUCUCUGUCAGUCAGCCAGCCUCCUCCUGGACAUGGGCACGCCUGAAGUGGCUUUGGCCCAGUUGGAGCAAGCAGAAAAAAUUCUUGCUUCAGAUACCACUGCCGACAACAGACCUUCUUCUCUCUCCAUGCUGGCCGUCCUGUUGAAAGCGAAGUACUACUACAGCACAGGACAGGUGGAUUGUGGAAUGCCUUAUCUAUGUGAGGUGCUCAAAGAAGUGAAUGAUCAGAGACAGUCCAAGACCUGGUACCUUCUGCGUGUACAGGCCCUCCAGAUCUCCAGUUCUUACCUGAAUUUAGACACGGCUCAACUUCCACAAACCCAGCGGAGCCGUAUCACACAGCAAGGUAUAAACACCCCAGACGCUGCCCUGUAUGAGAGCUUGAAACUUCUCUGCAGCCUUCUAUACACUUUAGUAGGAACUGGCCUAUACGGGACAGACAACAGCAGCUCAGACGUGCGCUUCAUUGACCAAGGUGAUAACCUAGUGUGGAAGUGGCAGCUGCUCUCAGAGGUGUUAAACAGCUCCAUGAGGUUGGUAGCUGUGAGGAGCAGUUGUGGGGCCAUCAACGAUGCCAGACUUCAAUGCCUAGAAGCCCUCAAACUUGCCAUUAAGCUUCAGGCACUCAGCCAAUGUGCUGAGCUGCUUGUGAUGAAAGCCGAGUUGGAGUUAAUGCAGGGGGAGAAAGAGGAAAGUAAAACGGAUUUAGACAAAGUCAGAAACCUUCUGGAGCUCUGCACAGAUUUUUCUGAUCAGGUGAAGCGAGCAGACGUGAAAAUCAAACCAAGGAAAGGACGUCCAGUGCAGAGACCUCAGUCUCCUCUUCCAACCAUGGAGGAUGAUCUGAAGGACAUCCUAAGCACUAGGUGGAUUGCCAAAGAACCUGUAGUGAAGGAUCAGUCCAGCUCCCCACCUCUCAAAGCACAGCCUCGCCGCUGGCUCUCCUGCCUUGCACAUGAACCUGAAUGUCAGUGCCCCUGCUGCUCUGAACCAUGUCUGGGUCGUGCCACUGCUCGCUGGGCAGCUACACAAGCUGAUCUGGUUCUUCAGCUGGAUCCCAAUGAAGCUAAUGUCAGCUCAAAACUUCAGUGGGCAACAUUAUCCCGCUGUAAGAAUCUUACCAGCAAACUUAGGGCAAAAUUAGCUAAACUCUUCCCUGCUUGUGUCCCUGCUAAAGGCAGCUCCCGACCCUCCCUAAUGCAGGAUGUGGUGGGCCGUGUUUAUGUACGUAUGGCUCUGUCUGGGCUGGAGCCGAGGCUAAAUAAGGCCUGUGGAGUGUGGAAAAUACUAGAAGCUGGCUUAGCAUUUGUUGACUCAACACCCUCUACUGUGCUAACACCUGUGAGAGCAAGCCUGAUGGCAACCAAAGCCAUUGCAUCGUUGAUGCUCUUAGCUGCCAAAAAGGGUUGCACCCCAGAGGAGCUCUUCUCAAAUGCUUGGACUUGGAAUCCACCAAAAGAAGAUAAAGACCUGAGAUCACUCGCUUCCUCAUCCAUACUUAAAAAGCCUAAAGAAACAAUUAAAAACCCAGAUAUUGCUGACAAAAAAAAGGAGGCAAAGAAGGUCAAGAUUCAAGCGACAAGUUCCUCAGCCAAAGGAAAGGGUCUAGUUCCCAUGACACCAGUAAUGGCAAAGUCUAGAUCCUCUGUUAGAGUGCUUGACGCUUUCGACUUCAACACGGUGGUACCUACUUUAGCUUGCACUCCUGUUCAAAACGUAAAAGGCCCUUCCUCAGUGCAGAAAGCACCGAGGACUGCCUCUAAACUGCAGUUUCAUGUGUAUGAAGAGUUGUCACCAGUUCAAGACAAAGCCCAGCCUGUACCUGCUGCCCCCAAACGCACAAAGAAAUCACGUUUUAAGGUAGAAUUUAGCGAUGAAAGUGACUCAGAGGCCAGUACCCAAGCAGAACCCAAAGAAAAAGCAGAUGUCCUCAAAAAGCGAACAACUACUAGAAGAGCUGUGCAGAAUGCUAAAAAAGUCUCAGAUCCACCUGCAGAGAAGGUCCAACCUAAGAGGCAGGUUAAGGGGAAAAAGAGCACUGCAAUGCCUCUUGCUACCUCUUCUGAAGAUGAGACUUUGGUCGCAACAAGAAGAGGAAGAACCAGAAGGCAACUGUCCGAGACAGAUGCAGAAUUAGUGGAGGGACCAGACAAAAUGAGGAGCAUUGAGGAAGAAAGUAAUGAAGUCCUGGACAUGAGCAUUGAGCACCUCAGGACAUCGGACACUGAGGCUGACGAAAAUACCGCUUCAAGUAAAGACAUAGAUUUUGAGGUGUUGCGGAGGGAUAUGUGUUUGGGGAGAGAUGAGUUGUCUGAACUGAAGCACAGAAGUCAUCCAAGAGAAGGCCCACAAACCCACCUCACUCAUUCAGACAGCAGGACAGAAAAUCUCUCGCUGGAUGAGGUUCAGUCAUUGCUCCGCACAGCCUGGUUGUCUCUUCAGCACUUCCCCUCUCCCACUAUCUAUCCCACCCUCUGCGCUCUUCUGGCCUUGACCAUGGGACAGCAAGACCCCAAUACUACAGCAAUGCUGCAUGCCCAGUCUUUGGGCAUCACAAGUCGCCAUCGUACAAUCAGGCAUUUAGCCAGAUCUCUCAAAAAGCUGAAAAAAGCUUCCAACGAGCUGACAGACAAGAUGGAUGCUCUGAGUCUGAAUGAGCUCAGUGGGACUGUGUCCAAUACUUCUGCUGAACACAGACUGUCUCAGAUGGAGAACAUCUUUUCUUUCCCCACCGUUGACGCCUCAAUGUUUCCUCAGAACCACUGUCAAGAGUUUAUCCAGCAAAUUCAACAAAUUCCUUCAGGGGUGACGGUGUGUUUGAUGUCUGUGCUUGGAGUAAAACCAGGGGAAAUGGGCAACAGCAUAAUACUGUCACGUCUUGAAAAGGGUUCUGCUCCCGUCACCGUUCACAUCCCCACAUCGAGACAGCAGCACCCUGUUAGUUGGAUGGUGGAGGAGAUGGAUAGUAUUCUGAUGGAACAGCAGGUUGUGAGUUGUGAGUCUGAGAAAGCCAAAUGGUGGAAGGGCCGCAAGACUCUUGACUCUCGAGUUGAGCAACUAUUAAAGGAGAUGGAGGGAUUACUUGGAUGCUGGAGGAGCUUGCUUCUGCCGCUUUCAUUGGACUCUGAGCUUUCAAAACAGGCCCAUCAACUUUGCAAGGCCUUAUCAGCAAGGGGAGUGACAGUCAGCAAGGAGAUGUUGAAGGUAGUGCUUUCUGCAUCUCCUGUGCUCUCUGAAGAAGAUCUUAAAAAAUUUGCACUUGGAGUUUCUACACAGUGGAACACUGAGUGUGAUCAGCUUCUCCACAGAGCUGUUUCCCAGCUCUCAGAGAGAGACGAGCCUCAAGGCCACGUGGUUCUAAUCCUGGACAAGUACCUUCAGAAGUUGCCGUGGGAGAGCACCUCCCUUUUGAAGUCUCGCUCUGUAAGCCGGAUGCCUUCUCUGCACUCACUGCUUGGACUGAGCUUUCAGAAGGAGAAUGACUCUCAGUCAAUCCUGAGGCUUGGGGUGGAUACAAAGAAGGUGUUUUAUGUGUUGGACCCUGAUGCCAAUUUAGAAAACACUCAGGACCGAUUCAGGGAAUGGUUUGCCAGUAAGCUGGACUGGCAAGGUGUGUGUGGAGUCGCUCCUGACUCGAGUCAACUGGAAGAAGCUGUUGCGACCAAGGAUCUAUACAUUUACGUAGGCCAUGGCGCCGGUGCACGGUUCCUAGACAGCCAGGCAGUCCUCAAACGGCAGAUGAGAGCAGCCUCUCUGCUGUUCGGUUGCAGUAGUGCUGCUCUGGCAGUACGUGGGGAUCAGGAGGGUCAAGGCAUCGUUCUCAACUACCUCAUCGCAGGCUGUCCCCUUGUGUUGGGAAAUCUGUGGAAUGUGACCGAUCGGGAUAUUGAUCGCUUCACCAAAGCCUUGCUCGAGUCGUGGUUAUCUGCUGAAUCUGGAGCGUCCCUCCUGGAUCAUAUUGGUCCAGCACGUCAGGCCACACAGCUGAAGCACAUCAUAGGAGCUGCUCCUGUGGUCUACGGCUUACCAGUCCACUUGCAGUAGGACCAAAAGGCAGACAUUUAAUGAAAUCAGGAUGUAAAUAUUUUGUGCAGUAUUCAAAUCUUAUCGUUUCAGCACGCACACUUGUAACUUAAAAGUUAAAUCUUGGUUUUCUAAGUAGUUUUUAUUUUCAAGCUUAAAGUGCUACUUUAUCUUUAUUUAAACAAAUUCAUAAUUUUUUAACCAAUGUUUCUAUAGUUUUGAUGAUUUUAAACACCUUGGAUUUUUUUUAAGUGGUUAAUUGACUUUUUAAUAUGUUGAAUGACCAACAAUUUUGAAUUAAAGUAUUUUCGCAUACAA